AUGCUAUACUUCUACCCUGCAGAUCUUACACUCGACAGUAAGGGAACACAUGAAAACAUGCAGUUGUCAGCCAUGGACAAGAAUUUCAUUCGAAAACUCUAUCCGCCACAGGGGCGCACCGAUGGAUUUUUCGAUACGGACGACCUUGCGUCCAAAACUUCUUCCUCGGGCAAGGCUGACGUGGGCGCGUCACCAGCUCCCGGCCUCUUCAACACCGUAAAAGUCCCAUUCGAGACCGCCUAUCAAUCACCACCAAAGGUAGCCAUCGGCUUGACACGCAUUGAUAUGAGUUGCAAGGCAAACAAAGCGGUCGCGGCGACCGUCGACCACAUUGCCGCAGAUUCGGCGGAAGUGUCAGUCAGCACAUGGGACACGAGCGUAUUGAACGGAGGUGCAGCAACAUGGGUCGAGGCUGAGGCUACGGAUACUCAGUGGCAGUUUGGCGAAUUCAAUACGCAAGAACAGCGAGAAAGGAACGACACGAGUUCUCAAACAGCCGAAAAGACCGUUUACUUCGAAGAGCCGUACACGACACCUCCAGCAGUCGUCGUGGCUCUUAAACUUAUCGACCUCGAGAAUCAUAAGGAUUACCGCGUGAAAGCAUACGCCACGGAUAUCCACGAAGAUCGAUUCACGAGUCAUAUCGGUACCUGGGGAGACUCAAUUCUGUACGCGGGCGCUGCUUCCUGGAUUGCGUAUCUGGCGGACUUGGCGAACUCGACCAGCGGCUCCUUUACUACAAAGGAAAACGUGUCGAAGUCGACGGACAGGUUCAAGUUUCCGGCCGGUAAAUUUGUAAAGACGCCUACUGUGCGCAUCUUCCUCAACAUGAUCGACAUCAAGUGCGGCACAGAUUUACGCAUCAAGGUUUGGGCGGAUCAGGUCAAUCAGAAUGGAUUGAGUUGGCAUGCCGAUACUUGGAAGGAUACACAGUUGCGCCAGGCUGGUGGUUCGAUCCUUGCCUGGGCAUGA